AUGAACAACAAGAUAGUUUCGGUUACUUUAUUGUUCUUUCUAAUAAUUGCAUGUACUAUAGAGUUGUCAAGCUCAGAACCAGCCCAAUACACAAUCAACAAAUUGAUUGGUCCCAUUGCGGGGGAUGGUAAGCCAAAAGAACAAGUUGGUUUCUACACCAUUUACACCUUUACAAUUGCACCUUUAAAUGGUCAAAUGAUUGUAAACGAAAAUGGAGCUGUAAAACAAUUUUCACUUGAUUCUGGCGCGCAAGGUUUAGUUUCUGUUAUUCCUGGACUCAAAAUAUAUUCUUCUUCUUCUUCAGUUAAUGGUCAAUCAACAGUGGUUUCGAAUAGUGAUGGAAGUGAAUUGUAUUACCUUGAAGAAAAUUUGAUAAAGAGAUGGAAAAGCGGUGUGGUCAGUGUUAUUGCUGGAAAUGGUGUUAUAGAAAAUAUUUACUAUUUGAACGAAACAGUUGCCACUCAAACUUUCUUAAAUUCUCCAACGAGUUUAGUUUAUCAAGACGAUUGUUUAUACAUUGCUGGAUAUGGUAUUGCCAAGUUGAAUUUAACCACUGGAAUGAUCAGUACUACAUUUAGAAUUGGUUUUAUUACAGACAUGUCCAUUUCCACAUUUGAUGGAUACAUGUACUAUUUACAAAAUGAUCAAUUGAAGAGAUGUUCAUUUUCUUCUGGUUGUUUAAAUCAAGAGAAUGUAAUAUCCAAUUUGUUUAUGAACACUUUUACUCUAUCUUCAAAUAGAAAUGAAUUAUUCUAUUUCUUUGGUAAUCAAAUUUACAGAUUUAACAUUACAACCAGAAUUUCCACAUCCAUUUAUCAAAUUUCCUCAUCAAAUACUUAUAAAUUGGCUUACAGAAAUGAUAUGAUCUACUUUGCAGAAGGUUUUAAAAUCAAGAAGAAAUCAGUGGUGGAUGGUUCACUUAGUGUUGAAGCUGGAAAUGGAUAUUAUGGAUAUGUGGCUGAGAAUGUGCCAUCUCUACAAGCUGGUACUGCUGGUUAUACUGUUUCAAGUAUUGCAUUGAGAAAUGGAGAAUUUCCUGGAUCAAUUUCAUUCUCUAAAAAUGGAGAAUUACAUUUUGUUGAUUAUUCAAAUAUUGUUAGAAAACUUUCAGAUAAUGGAAAUUUGUCAUAUGUUGGAGGAAAUCCCUCUUCAUUUGUUAGUAGUGAUGGUACCGAUGCAUCAAAAGCUAUCAUUUCACCUUCUAAAGUUAUUGAAAUAGGUAAUGAACUGAUUAUUUUAGAGUAUCAAAAAAUUAGAAAGGUUUCGUCUGAAGGAACAAUCUCCACAAUUAUUGGUGGAGGUAUCUAUCCAUUUGUUGAAGGUGCAUUGGCUACAAAUACCUCCUUUACAUCACUUCAGGAUGUUGCAGUCAGUCCAAUUGACAAUUCUAUUUAUUUUAUUGACGCUAAUUUCAAUGCUAUUCGAAAGUUGACUUCUACUGGAACAGUAAUUACUUUAUUCAGUACUUCUACGUAUAUUAACGCAAUUGGAAUAGAUCAGACUGGAAUUAUUUAUUAUAGUACUUCCAAUUCGAUUGGAAAAUUGAAUCCAGAAACUUUACAACAACAAUUACUUUAUUACAAUACUGAAACAUCCAGUUAUUUUUCAGUUUCUAAUAGUGGUAAUAUUUAUUAUUUCGUAAAUUGUAAAAUUGUAAUGAUUGGAAAUGGAACACUAAAUGCACUUGCUGGAACAGGCACAUGCUUAACAGGAUCAUUAUUUGAUGGAAUGAAUGCAACACAAGAUAUUCCAAAUGUGUAUUCAGUUCAUUAUUCGAAUCAUGAUAAUCAAUUAUACUUUUCAACUGUGAAUGGUAUUUGGAAGAUUGUUGAUGGAUUCAUUCACAAGGUUGUCCAAUCAAUUCCAAUGGCCAAUGUAACUUCAACUGACUCUUCUAAAUUUUUAAGUUUGCCAAGUUCAUUGCUAGUUAAAUCUAAUGGAGAUAUUUUAUUCAUUGAUGGAACAAUUAUUAGAAAGUACGAUGUGCAACAAGAUAGAAUUGACAAUCUCUAUAUUGGAGAUGGAUCUAUUGGUCCAUUUUCGAAUACAUUUUCUUAUUAUUAUUUCACAACAUUCUGUGAAAAUGAAUUGGUCAUUGUAACUUCCAAAGGAAUCAGACGAAUUAAUAGUGAAACAUCAAUAAUGACACCUGUAACCUUUCCCUACCAAUUUACGACUGUUAGGUCGUUUAUUUCAUGUUUGAAUAAUAAUUUGUAUUUCCUUGCUACUAAUUUACAAUCAAUCAAGAAAGUUUCACUUUUAGAUGGAAGUAUUGAUCAUAUUGCAGGUAUUGCAGGUUCUUCUAGUCCAUCACCUGAUGGCAGUAUUGCCAAAUAUUCAAAAAUAGUUUCACUCAUUAAUUCAAGAGCGUUCGUUCUUCCAAACCAGGAAGUAUUAUAUUUUGAAGGUCUAAAAUUGAGAAAGAUUGGUUUGGAUGGAAAAUGGCAAACCAUUGCAGGAAAUGGAAAUUCUGGAACAACCCCAGAUUUUUCUGAAAAUGCAAAGAAUGUACCUUUGACUAUAGCUUUUUCAUAUGCUUAUUCAGAGUUGAGUGGAACAAUUUAUUUAAGUUCAAAUGGAAUUUAUUCACUGACACCUUAUUGUAGAGAUGGAUACCAAUUUGAAAACUCAUUCAAAACAUCAUGUAUUCCAAUACCAGUUAUUACUUGUUUUGGUAAGCUGGCCAAUGAUUCAAGUGUUUGUUCAUCACGUGGUACUUGUACUGGAAUGGAUAACUGUCAAUGCUCAAAUUUGUACAUUUCCUCUGAUUGUUCUGUUUCAUUGUGUCAAACUGAAAAUGGAAAGCAAAAUACAAUUCUUUGUCCACCUGCACCAAUUCCUUCACAAACUGGAACUACAAAUCAACAAGUCGCAUUGAACGUGACAGAGAGCAGAACUGAAAUUGUGAAAGACUUGACAAGUAUUGACUCUAAGAAUAUCACAUUUACAUCUUCAAGUUCAGUUCAAAUCACAUUACCUUCAACCAUUUCAUCUUAUGUUUCGAAUCAAAUUUCAACUAAUGAAACAAUUCAAAUCAUUUCAGCUAUUUCAGAAAAGACUCAAAUCAAACCUCAAUCAAGUAACACCAAUACUGGAAGUGAUGAUGAAAAGUCAACAAUUUCAACAGUUGAAGUUGUAAGCAAAGUUGUGAGUUUACUUUUAUUGAAACAAGAUGGUGAAAAGAUUCAAGUGACAAAUCUCAUCAAUCCAAUCACAUUCACAUUUUCCAAUUUGAUAAUUCAAUCAUUUGAAAAAUCAAAUUUGACCUGCUCAUACCUUGAUGAAACAUCAAAGGAAUGGAAAUCUGAUGGAUUGAAUACUUUCUUUAUUGACAUUCAAUCUAUUGGAAAUGAGAAACAAUUAUCUAUUAAUUGUCAAACAAAUCACUUGACUUCAUUUGCAGUUAUUGACAUGAAUUUAAAGAAAGGAAGUGUAAAAACAGACACUCUUCCUACAACACAAGAUAACACUGUCGUGAUUGCAGCAGUUGUUUCAUCCGUUGUUGGUGUACUCAUCUUGGUGGGUGUCAUUUCCAUUAUUAUUAUUGCUUCUGUCUGUUUAAUUAGGAGAAGAAAGCUCAAUAGUAAGGAAUAA